GUUUCCUCCAGUUCUUACGUUUCUCCUGUCUCCUUUCUCUCCAUCUCCUCCUCCUCCUCCUCUUCCUCCUUCUAUUCUUUCUUUCACGGUAAUAACUCUACUCAGCACUGUUCCUCGUCUCCUUCUCUGUUCCCUUCUCUUCUCUUUCCUCCUCCUCCUUCCUCUCUCUUUCUCCUCCUACCUCACUCCCCUCUCAACUCAGCACUGUUCCUCAUACCCUUCCUUCGCCUUCUCUUUCCUACCCCUCCUCCUCCCUCCACUCUCUCUCUCUCCUCCCUCGCUUCUCUCUCACUUUCAUUCACAGUCAACUUUCUCUUCUUUUCACUUCCGAGCGGCCCGUGAGUGUGUGUGUGUGACGCAUCUUGUGUCAGUGUCCUGCUGGGCUUGCUACACGGACGACACUUGGAGAAUCGACCCGCUUAUAGUUAGAAAGAUUAACAUGGCAUCAACGUCUGUGCCUCCGUGGGCUUGGGCGUGGCUGCUGGCGUGGACGGUGCUACUGACGGUGACCCACGGACUGAGUGUGGGGACGGGGACGCCAGAGACAGUGCAAACGACCCCCCAACGCAACAGUCGUUUCAUUGGUGGUGGAACGUACGUCUACUCGCAACCACUCAGGGUGAAGACCAAAGCCAAGAACGACGCUCUUCCCCUGAAAGUGUCCCCGGGGCCAGCCAGUGGUGCCAAGUACAUCCCACGACCUCAAGAGCCAAACGGUGCCACCCAGUACAUUCUACCCUCUCAAAAGGCAUUCAACAAGGGAGAAAUUGGCUCCCAGUACAUUACAACGUCUCUAAAGGUGACCCAAGGCGCUAACAGUGGCACCCAGUACAUCCCUGUCUCUCAGGGGUUCAACAGUGACCCCCAGUAUGUCCCACUGUCCCAUAAGGCGUCCCAGGGGAUAGAAACGAAGAGCCAGCACAUCGCGCUCUCCCAGGAAGCCGAGGGAGGGCCUGGCAGUGUUCCUCGCUCCUCACAGCCACAGAAUGGGUCACCAGAGAUCGGCGUGUCCCCCAACAUCAAGUUCUACUCUCUUAGCUGCACCAGUGGCAAGCCGUGCUCCACCAUUAUCCCCGCCCCCACCCCCAGCAGAAGCAGCAGACUCAGCGGCACCAAGAGUCCGUUCAGCGAGGAGCAGGUGCGGCGAUACCUCCAGCAGUUUAGUCUCCGCAAUGGGUUCCAGUACAGCAAGGACUUUGAGGACAGCGGAAGACCUAAAGAGUUAUCAGACUCAGCAGAGCGGAGUCGACUGCUGAGGGAUCCGAAAAUGGUUUUGCUCGACUACAGCGGGAAGCAGAACGAGCAGGAGCAGGAGUCGUGGUGGUCUGACCCGGCCUCCCAGCCUGGCCGCGUGUACAAGCACCAGCAGUACAGGCCCAAGGUAUACGACUGGGCGAGUGUGCAAGCCUCGUUCCCUUCGCGAUGGUCAGCCACGGCGACGCAUCAAGGCUUACCCGGCUCAGGAGUCUCCCAUCACGACCGCCACGAGGAUCACCAUGCCUCCUUCCCUCCCCGGCCGUCCUCCAUACUUCUCCAGCAGCCCUCGAAAAUAUACGACCCCGGGCACUCAUCCUACGACCAUGGGCACUCCCGCUACCCAUCUAAGAGUCCCCAAAGUGGCACCUGGCGUCGGUACAGCAGCUCCACCAUCACCCAGUUGGACAAGGACACCGGGGAGUGGGUGAAGGUGUCCUCCAGCGGCCCGCAUCAUAACGGGGAGGUGUUGAAGUCAUCACCAACCCAAAAGAAGCAAGUCCAGCUGACGGUGCUCGGUGUGAGUGAUGACUUGGACGCUUCUGAUGGUGGUGAUCGAGGCAUGCAUGUGGUGAUGAAGCCCAGCUCAUUGCCAGGCAUGCCCCCCGCCUUUAUCGAGACGGAUGGUGGUGAUGAUGGUGAUGACAACGGUGGUGAUGUCAACGGUGGAAGUGCUGGUGUACAAGUGAGUGUUGUGCCUAUUCUUAUCGCCAACUCCUUCUUCCCCUCUUCCUCCUCCUCCCCUUCCCCCUCCUCUUCCUCUACUACUACAACUACUACUACUACUCCUACUACUCCUGCAACGACUACUACUAUCCCUACCACCACUACCACUACCUCAACCCCCACCACUACUACCACUACUACUACUACUACUUCUGCUACGACCACCACACCACCACCUACGACCACUACUAGACGACCCAUACCCCCAAGACCCGUUCGACGACCUCCUCCCCCCAGCACGACGACUACCACUACGACGACGACCACAACGACGACCACUGAGGCCCCGUCACUGAUUGACAACCCGUACAUGGUCAUGGCCGCAGUGAGUGCCGGGAUCGUGCCAGUAACGUUGGCACUCCUUCCAGCGAUUGUAGGACGACGCAGACGACGCCGACGACGACAAGUGGAAGAGGUGGAGGCCGUGGUUAAAGAGGCGCUGAGUCGUCACGAGGAUGACUACGACUACCUAGACCGACGCAGUGACGACCUGACGGUGAGGAGGAAGCCCAAUCAGCGUCAAGGGAGAAGAUUUAGAGCGGUAUAAAGAGAGAGAGAGAGAGAGAGAGAGAGAUGCACACGGAACGGUGUGUGUGUGUGUGUGUGUGUGUGUGUGUGUGUGUGUGUGUGUGUGUGUGUGUGUGUGUGUGUGUGUGUGUGUGUGUGUAAGGAAACUCUCUAUUUAUAAUCUGCUGACUGGUUGUUUGAUAAUAAUAAUAAUAUAAUAAUAAUAAUAAAAAUAAUAAUAAUAAUAAUAAAAAUAA